AAAAUGGCGGCUUUCCUCGUAGGGUUAUGCUCGUUCACUCCAUAAUUUCGUCGAAAACGGUGAGUAAGGGAAGCUGUACAUUAAAUGUGAAACUAUGAGUCAUAAAGGACCACCAAGUACAUCGCCCUCUAGUGGUGGCAAUGAGAGGCUAUGCGAUAAACUGAAUGCUCUUAGUACUAAAGCUGCAAAUGAUCCAAAUUUUGCACCAAAGCAACAAUCCUCAGGUCCACGUAAUCGUGUGCGAUCCUCCAUGACAGAUGAAGGCCCAGCAAAGAACCAAUUAUGUGGUGGAGCUACGGCGGCAGUCAGUACAUCGUGUUCCACUACCUCAUCCUAUGCAUCUAAUCUGUGUCAAACACACAGUCAUUAUAGUAAUAUACUAUCUGAUAGAGUAACACUUAUAGUUGACAAUACUAGAUUUGUUGUGAAUCCUGCAAUUUUUACUGCACAGCAACAUACAAUGUUAGGAAGGAUGUUUUCCUCCCUUGAGAACAAUUGGACUAGACCUAAUGACAAGGGAGAAUAUGAAGUAGCACAAGGCAUUUCAGCAGCAGUCUUUUCAGCAAUACUUGAUUACUAUAAACAUGGCUAUAUACGAUGUCCUCCCAGUGUCUCAGUGCCUGAAUUGAGAGAAGCAUGUGAUUACCUUUUAAUACCUUUUGAUGCAACUACUGUUAAAUGUCAAAACCUCAGAUGCCUAUUACAUGAACUUUCAAAUGAUGGUGCAAGAGCUCAGUUUGAAAAGUACUUAGAAGAACUUAUUUUACCAUGUAUGGUAGCCAGUGCUAAGAAAGGUGAACGUGAGUGCCAUAUAGUAGUAUUAAUAGAAGAAGAUAUUGUGGAUUGGGAUGAAGAAUUCCCACCACCGAUGGGAGAAGAAUAUUCUCAAAUUAUAUACAGUACAUUGAUGUAUAGGUUUUUCAAAUAUAUUGAAAACCGAGAGGUAGCUAAACAGGUGCUGAAGGAGAGGGGUUUAAAAAAGAUAAGAUUAGGCAUAGAAGGUUAUCCAACAUAUAAAGAAAAGAUAAAGAAGAGGCCUGGAGGGAGACCUGAAGUGAUUUAUAAUUAUGUACAGAGGCCUUUCCUUCACAUGUCUUGGGAGAAAGAAGAAAACAAAAGUAGACAUGUAGAUUUCCAGUGUGUUCGAAGUAAGUCCAUCACUAACCUGGUGACAGCCAGCGAAGCUGAAAACCAAGUUGUACAACCACCACAUCCGGAUCAAGAAGGAGCUGCCUUACUCGUUGCACCGGUUGAAAUAUAUCCCGAUGAACCUAUCCCUGAUCCUGAAAACUGAGGAGUCUCAAUGACAGUUGUAUAAAAUAACUUAUUUGGUGGCAAAUUUGCAUAUGAAACAUCAUACAUACACCUUAUAUUGGAAAUUACAUGCUUACCCAUUGCAAUUUGAUCACACAAUUGCAAUUUAUAAAUAAUAAUGCUGUAAUGUUUAGUCAUUCUUAUUCCAACAAAGCUAACAUUUUCAAAUCCAUAUGUAAUUAAGGUAUUACUGACAAAGUACAUACAUUAUAUGGAAUGUCAAUCCUUAAUGUAUAGUGGAAAUAUAUCCAUUUAUGGUAUUUUCUGUGACUGAUAAGUUGACUCAAAAGCAGAACAUACCAUUCUAACGAAAGGGUAUGAAGUAUUAGUCCGAGGGACAGUAUCCAUGAGGCAUAACAACCUGAUGAAUCAUUAUUUGAAUUAAAAUGGUCCAUCCCAUUAUCAUGGAGGGGUACAAUCGUCAAGUCUGAAGAACAUUUCCAUCAAGGGAUGAUAACAUUCCUGUUUAAUCAGUAUUUAAACUUAUUUAUUCAUUUUAAUAUAGUAGGUAAAAAUGGAGUAGUGUACCACAAUUUAAUCAUAUGUUGGAUUAGUGUAGUACUGUAGACUGAUAUCACACACUGCAAUCGGUUAGGAUUUGAUGCAACUAGUGUAUUUGUGAGAUAUCUUCUGUUCUCAGAAUUCUGAAGUUGUGCAUAAACGAAUAACAAAAUCAGGACAGUAAACUAACAGUUAUUAUUUUUAACUUAUAGUGUUUGAACAAACCAGCAAAAUAUAGUAAUGACAACAAACAACCAUUCACUUAAGAGUAUGAGUAGGAGUAUGUACUUGUUUACGUGAUUGGCAUGAGAGAGUUUGGCAUAGUAAUGACAACAAACAACCAUUCGUAUGAGUAGGAGUAUGUACUUGUUUACGUGAUUGGCAUGAGAGAGAUUGGCAUAGUAAUGACAACAAACAACCAUUCGUAUGAGUAGGAGUAUGUACUUGUUUACGUGAUUGGCAUGAAAGAGAUUGGCAAGAACUAUUUAUAAGUUAAUGACAAUGAUCACUGCUGAGGUAUUAAUAUACAUAUAUGGCUUAAUAAAACAACUUUACCACAGCAGAUAGUGAGGUACCUGAAAUAUUGCAAUUUAGGUUUCACGUUUUGAACAUUUUAAUGCCUACUAAUAAAUUCCUAUUGCCUAAAUGCCUUUCCUAAUGCCUAAAUUAAAAUACAGUUUAGGUUUUCUCGUCGUCAGUUUAUCUAUGAACAGUUUUGAACCGAAAUCAAUGCCAAAUGAGAUUGUAUGCAAUAUUGAUAAAUCACUUCCAUGUUGCAUAGCCAUCAGUAGCAGCUGUAAAUUUCUAAAUAUGUUCGGCUGGCACAAUCAAGCAUUCAAAUCGAUUAAUAACAAACUUAUGUCAAAUGUUGCAGGUCAACUCAUGCAUGUAAAAAAAUGACAGACAUCGUUUCACUUUGAGGGUUUGAGUGCGGCCAUUGAACUGGCAUUUCGUAAUGUUCCAUAUUUCGAAUAUUAUAAUCAUGACCAAGUAGUAAUCAACAUUUGUAACACCUUGAAAACAAGUAAGUUAUUCAACUGUGAAAUAGCAUGACUGGAUUCCACUACCGGGAUCAUUAUACUAUUACUAAGCAUUUUUUUGUUGAAAUUUGAACAUUACAACA